GCUAUAUAUACAAACCGCUUUCAUUCAUUCAAAUCAAUACAGAUUCUUCUUCAUUAUGUGCAUUAGUGUUGAGGCCAUGCAGCGAUAAGAGCACAAGCUAACAUUUCAUAUGGAGCCGCUAGGAGAUGCAUUUCUAUAGAAAAAGAAAGGGCUUGGACGAAGAAGAAACUAUGGAAAUCAAAAGCACAUAAAAGGUGCGACCAGAAGAUCGACUUCAUUUUCUGUGGCAAUGAUCAUGAAGACACAUCCAUCUAAAUACGUGGCAGCGAAAAAUAUUCUGUACAGAAUUAGGACUUCAACUCUGAACAUAAGAUGGCUACAUGAAAUUAAAGCAAAAUCUGUCCUAUCUUAUUUUAAGAUCGACGUGCGGUUAUGUCCUCAUUUUGAUGACGUAAUUAACUUUCUAGAAUAUGGUGUUCGUCGUUCAUUCAAUGGAUAAGUGAACACCAUUUAUAUAACACAUGCCUCCCCACUUGAUCUAUAAAUAGUGACCAGUGAGGGCUAGUUCAGUAUCUGUUCAGCUCUGAUCAAACAUGUCUAUGUCUUCCUCUGAGUCUGAUCAUCACCGUGGGGAAUUCAUGGAACUGGUUAUUGUUCCAACCAAUCCAUUCACAGAGACUAAAGAAGGAGGCGAAGGAGAGAGUGUGAGGAAGCUAUUGCCUACUGACUCAUCCAACUCGAUCCCGCCAUUCCCAUACGAUCCUCCUCUCUCUGAAUCUGCUCCUUCUUCUCCCACAACUCCAAACCACCAAGUUCAAAUCCAAACCGCAGAACCCAACCCGCAACCUGCUGAGGCCGAUCAAACCCACCCGGUGUUCGAUAUAAUUGAGAGUCAAGAGCUCGGAAAGGCUGUUCUUGUGCUGGCUGUGCCCAUGUUGAUGGGUUUAUCCACUGCUUAUCAGUAUUUCACCAGCACUGUGGAGAUGAACGUGGUUGCGAUCAGCCUCUGUUUUGCUUUUGCUUCCAUGUUGAAUGGAAUCCUCUCGAGAAAAGCCUGUCCCAAGGUAUCGAUUCUCGUUCUCAUGUCAGGAAUCGUCUUGAUGAUCCUGGCUUUCUAUGCCUAUUCGGGUAUCAUUUUACCCGUCUACCUCAAAUGGAUACCCGUUGGCUGUUUCUUCCUCUCUAUUUUACCAAUUGCUCCAGUUUUUGUUGGCGUCAUCUACAGCAGGAGGAAGAAGGCCAAUAAUUAAAAGUGAUCUUCAAAAGACACAGAUCGAUCUUAAGAAGACAUAGCUAGAAAUUUAUAGUUAUAUGUAUCACGAAACCUAAACUAGUAGUCUUUAGUUAUAUACCUGUUACAUAAUCUGUAGUUUACAAAGGUGAGCAGAUAGUAUCCUUUUGUGUAUAUAUAUGUGGAGUUGCCCUAACGAUUAUCGUACUAUUUGUGUUAUGAUAUAAAUAUUAAUUGAGAUUUGUAGAUAUUGUUAUGAUGUAUUAUUUAUUGAGAUUUAUUUUGUUGAGAUUUAAGGAAUACUUUGUUUUUUACCAGUCACUAUUAAGAUGGUCCAUUUUUGUGUGUAUAUUAAGCUUUUCAUAACAAUAAUGCACAACACAUUUUUCAAUCUCUCUUUCUCUCAUGACUUCUUUCAGCUUGAUCUCCUUUGCUUGGAUUUGGUAGUUAGCUGCACUCAAAUAAUGUGGAUGGAUCCAUUGAGCAACUCUUCCUCCUCCACCCUUCUUUUUCACACAUACACGUGCCCAAGAAUUUGUACAGGAGAAUCAAAUUAAAUGAAGCAACAAACACACACACACACACAAAAUAUAUAUACACACACAUGCAUCAUUUUCAUGUGCGCCUGCGGAUUAAUUUCAGAGCCAUGGAGUUUCCAAACAAGCAAAAUUAAUUUCCUAUUGCACUGGUUACGUUUCCAUACUUCGAUUAUAUAAGAAAAUUUUAAACCCUAGGACACUACUCACAUCUACCAUAUUCCUAUCACCUAAACUUGCUUUGAAUGACUAUACUCUGACAAUGAAUAAUUAGUAUGUUUUUAGAUGGAAUUCGGUACAUGAGUAUCUAUUGGAAGUAGUCCGAAUAAUAUUAA